GCCUGGCGGACGGCGCCAUGAAUGUGACUGGCAGGGGAGAAGCCUCGCUCAAGGUAACGAAGGCCACCUCGAAGUUGAUUUUAAAAGCCAAGGCAGAGACCGUCAAGGAGAUGAAGAUGGCACUACUAGAAGUUCCAGCCGAUGCGGGAGCAACGCCAAAGGGAGUGAACAUCUGUACUCUGAGCACUAGCAGCCCCUACCUCAUCGCGGGGCUGGAGAAGCCGCUGGAAGUAGGGAAGGCGUACACUUUGGUAACAGAGUACCACUACGACAAGGCCGCCCAAGGUGGACCAAUCUCCCUGUCAGCCGAGUUCGCCAGGAUGGAUCUUUACCCGGAAAAGGCGCACGCCGCCUUCCCAUGCUUCGAGAAGGCCGGCUGGAACAUUCCCAUUGCGCUCACCCUCCAAACACCCAAGGAUCUCGUCGCUGUCUCCAAUGCGCCAAUGGACGGACAGCCAACAGUUACCGGAAACAUGAACUCGCACAAGUUCAAGGCUACGCCGGCCAUGCCUACUGAUAUGCUUGCCUGGGCCGUUUUCCCGACCAGCCUGAAGUUGGCCGCAGUCAUUCCAAACAAGGUAACCACGUACAUGGAGACUGAGAAAGAGGACCUCAAGGCAUCGGCCAAGACGGCCUUCGAGUUUCUCCACAAAUAUUUCCAGGCUGCAGACACAGAACACGUCCCAAAAAUUGACAUGGUGUUCGCUCAGGCAUCAGAGGAACAGGAGAGCCUUGGAUUUAUUGUACUGGACGAAAGAACUUCGGCCGAUAAAAUAUGCAGAACAAUUGCGAACCAGUGGACCUACAGACUCAUGCGCCAGCCGAUAACUCCCACAUGGCUUGCCUCAGCUGGUGUUACCUACCUCUGCCGGCUGGCUGGAACCGAGGAAAGCAAGCUGCCAGCUGCGUUCAAGGAACAUCUAAAAGAAUGUAUGAAGGACAACCCGACGCCUGGCACAAGGGACCUACUGGCCUUCCGUAUGGUGCAUAUCAUACUCGGUGACGCAGCCACCCAGCUUGCGAUACAGAAAUACGUGACCGCACACGUCUUCAAGAGCACAGCCACUGACGACGAACUGGGUGCGUUCGAUCCGAGUAUUUCCAAAGACAAUCUGAAGGCCUGGGUAAAAGAAUCCUUCAAGACAAAGCAUCUGGAGAGGGCGCUCACACCCGUAAAGAAGAUCACAUGGAAGGAAGCAGACGACUCUACGACGCCUUUCGCCACGGCCACCGUCAACAGUGCCAUCUCUCUGCGGGCGCCCACUCCAGUCGCUGUUGCUUGGGUGAAAAAGACAAACGCUGACGUGACGAUAACGAUAGACGACACGAAGCCGCUGUACGUGAACCCCUCCAUGAUGGCGUGCUACGGACUCAAGCUGGACUCUUUGUCUUGGUCACUCAUCGGGAAGGACAUGGAGGCGACCCCUCCGGACGUCGUCAACGGUUGGUACCUGCUGGGCGAGGCGGCGAAACAAUACAAAACAGUCCAGCGGCCGGGCGACUUCAGCGGCUUCAUGUGGACAUGGGCGGCGCUGAAGACUGGCAACGAGCAGCUGUGGGACGAGCACGUCAAGCAGUUCAUCGAUACCGAGAGCCAGGCCUACUCCAUGCUCACCGGCGACGAGACGCUCGAGGAAAAGUACAAGAAUCGCAUCAUCGCCGUGAUAGCAGCCAGGCUCAAGGCCAUCACACAAGCGAACAUCAUUCCCGCGAACAGAGAAAAACCUUCCGUCCUCCUCGCCAACCUGGCAUGUGCGAUGAAGAUGGCCAGUAUGUGAAAGUCUUCUGCCAACAAUCACCAGCACCGCCAUCAAAACCAAUGGCUUUGUCAUCGGCAAAACGUUUGUGCAGAGUUUCACCGACCCUCUGUCCCCCGAGGCUGUGGCGUGCUAUCUCGGCUCCAAGGUGACACAAGAAACAGAAUUCGACAAGAUUCUACCGCCGAAAACACAGCCACAGACAUCGGCCGCAAACGGACAACGAAGCCUCCUUGACGGUUCGCCUGGCCUUCUGCGGCUGUGUUCCCAGCGGGGUAGCCGAGGCCAAGGUCAAAGCAGUCUACGAUGAGGUACUCUUAGCAACCUGGACCGAUAUUACUGCCGCUGCCGUCCGAGUGCCGUAUGGCCUGCGCAAGAGGACGCGGGAGAUCCUGACGGCAGCUUCGCCGAAAUUUCCUGCGUCGCAGGAAUACCAAGUCGCACUGAAUACCGCUGCUAUCCUCAACCUCCUUCGCACGAGGGCCGAUUUCGAUGCGGCUAAGGCAUACGGCACGGCAGCUCCUAUAGGCCUGACGAAUGAUGCUUUCCAAGCACUGGAGAAACAGCUCGUACCGGACAAUCCGGACUUCAAAGCCUGGAUCGACUACUUACCGGCACACACCUGAGUGCACCUGCACGAAGAUGGCCAGCUGCUUGACGAUGUCCACUGCCAGAGACCUCGUUUAAGCCGGCUUGAUG